AGCAUUCCAAAUGUUAUCACCCAUGUUUCCUUUUGUUUUUGAUUGCCCAACUUAGAAAUAAUUUAGUUGUUGACAGUAGUUUGUCUUGAAUUGCAUUCACUGAGACAAAAUAUAGCUUAAGUAACUUUAUUUUAGGUUACUUGAACCCAAGUGCAUGUGUAACGUGCACAAAAACUUUCUUUGGUAACACUCUUAACAACUUAAAUUUUGAUUGAGUUUUCACAUGCAUGUAGGCAAAACAAUUCAAGUUAAAGUAAUAGUCAAUUUAUCCAUAACGAGGAUUUCCGGGACAAUUUCCAACCACUGUUCCCGUUUUGGAGUAUUCAUACUACUGAGCCAGUUUCUUGUGACUUCUUUCUUACUUGCUACGAGUAAUACUCGUAGCAAGUCAGAUGUGGAGGCGUCCGAGUGUCCUAGUGUCGUCCAUAAACAAGUGGGAGACACCGUGGUGCUUUCAUCAUGUUUACCAUCUGAAGGCGUCACCAAUGCUGAUUGGAUUUAUAAAGAUCAAAUUGUUGAAGAUUUGGAAAAAAGUCAAAAAGGAGCUCAAUUCAGAGGCCGAACGAGUCUAAACCGCAUAAACUUGAGUCUAACAGUGAGACGUCUGACUCUUCAAGAUUCUGGUGUUUACCGUUUUAAAUCUGAAGUAAAUGAAGUACAAAGGACAACAGUCACCAUCACUCUGCACGUUCAUGCACUCCUAACUCCGCCCAUCCUGACUCUCAACUCCAGCUGGAGCGCCUCAAACGAAUCCUGUACUGUUGUGCUGGAUUGCAAUUCCAUGUCUGACAGCAACAUCACCUACAACUGGACGGUAAAGAGCCAGAUCUACAGUGGCUCCAGGCUGCAGUACACCAUCAGGCCACAGGAGGGAGGGACCAUAUUCACCUGCACCAUUUUGAAUAGUAUCGGCGAACAAUCUUUCGCGGAAAAAGCAGUGAAGUGUGACAACAUCACAGAUGAGAUCUCAAAAGGAGAAAAAUUUCCUUUGUGGACCGUGGUGUCAGCAGGAGCUUGUUUGCUGCUGAUCAUCAUCGUCGUCAUCAUAACGGUUAUCUGCGUCUGCAAGCGGAGACAAACUGAAGACAUUUCUCAAGAAAUCGAAACCGAGUAUGCCGAUAUCUCUGAUUAUGUAGUGGAUAAUAAACCCGCUCACGUACCAUCGGUGUAUGACUUCAUAAGAGACCACAGACCCAACCAGGUCACACUAAUGCCCCAUUCAGUGUACGACAAGAUCCAGCUCAGUCGUGUGAGGACGCCCCCUGAAUCGCCCUACCAAGACAUUUAAGUGACCUCUGUGCAAAAACUUUUUGCAAGAUUUGCAAGAAUCCCGCUGCCUCGCCAAGAUGCAACAUUUUCCGAAGUUUGACAAAAGCCCAGAGCCCACAGCAGACCAGGAAAACAUCACGUUCUUGUGUCAUGUGUAUUUAAUUUUUAACUAUAUUCUCAGAAUUUACUCUCGUAAACUGUAUUUUCGUAUAUAUAU